CGAAAAUUCGAAGUCACUUUCGUUGUGAACAUUUUAGCGCCAUGGCUUCCUUAUCUCCAAUGACUCAACCGUCGUUACUACACAUUCCCGGCGAACACGUGACUCAUCACUUACCAAGCACGUGCUCUUUCCCGCGUAAGCCAACACUCACGAAGCGGAUUAUCUGUUCCCCAACGAGGAGUUCCGGUGAGACAUCGACGGAGGGAGAAACAAACGGUGGAUCAAGCACCGCCGUAGAUGAAGCACCGAAAGAGCCUCCAUCUUUAAUCUCCGCUCUCAACGUCGAACGUGCUCUACGUGGCCUUCCCAUUACAGAUGUGGAUCACUACGGUCGGCUUGGGCUUCCUAGAAACUGUUCUUAUGAUCAGGUAAGAAUUGGUUACCAAGAGAGAGUUAAGGAGCUAAUGGGACAAGGGCUAGAUGAAGAGCAACUCAAGACCAAGAUGGAGCUUGUCAAAGAUUCAUAUACGAUCUUGUCGUCGGUUGAAGAGAGGAGAAUGUACGAUUGGAGUCUAGCCAGAAGCGAAAAGGCAGAGCGUUACAUUUGGCCCUUCGAGGUUGACAUCAUGGAACCCUCCACGGAAGAGCCUCCUCCUCAGGAACCAGAAGAUGUCGGACCAACGAGGAUUCUUGGAUACUUCAUUGGGGCGUGGCUUGUCCUUGGUGUCGCCCUCUCUGUUGCAUUCAGUCGUUAGCCACAAUCGUAGCUUUCACCACCUUCUUCAUUGCCUAUUAUAUUAUAAUCAUUUCGAAAAAUGUACAUUUAGUAGAUAUUUAUAUACACCUUCGUGUGUGUAAUAUGUGAUGAAUGUUCAAGCUACGAAAAUUGUAAUAACGUAUGUGCGUACUAUUGGUCAGUCCUCGUUCAUACCAAGCACACAUUAUAAGACAUGAGUAACCAUAAGCAACUGAGUUUUCUUCCGAUG